GGGACAGAGAGAGAAGGAGACACAGAAUCUGAAGCAGGCUCCAAGCUUUGAGCUGUCAGCACAGAGACCCAUGUGGGACUUCAACUCACAAACUGUGAGAUCAUGACCUGAGCCGAAGUCGGACACUUAACCAAUGGAGCCAGCCAGGCGCCCCUUAGAAAUUCUCAAGUGAAACCAAAAGUCUGUGAGCCCUGGCACCUCUACUCAGAGAAGAUGAAGGAUAUCGACAUAGGAAAAGAGUAUAUCAUCCCCAGUCCUGGUUAUAGAAACGUGAGAGAGAGAACCAGCACUUCCGGGCAGCACAGAGACCGAGAGGACUCCAAAUAUAAGAGAAAUCGACCGUUGGAAUGCCAAGAUGCCUUGGAAACAGCAGCCCGAGCUGAGGGUCUUUCCCUGGAUGCCUCCAUGCAUUCUCAGCUCAGAAUCCUGGAUGAGGAACAUCCCAAGGGAAAGUACCAUCACAGCUUAAGUGUUCUGAAGCCCAUCCGGACCACUUCCAAACACCAGCACCCAGUGGACAAUGCUGGGCUCUUCUCCUGCAUGACUUUUUCUUGGCUUUCUCCUCUGGCCCGUGUGGCCCACAGGAAGGGAGAGCUCUCAAUGGAGGACGUGUGGUCUUUGUCCAAACACGAGUCUUCCGAUGUGAACUGCAGAAGACUAGAGAGACUGUGGCAAGAAGAGCUGAAUGAAGUUGGGCCAGACGCCGCUUCCCUCCGAAGGGUUGUGUGGAUCUUCUGCCGCACCAGGCUCAUCCUCUCCAUCGUGUGCCUGAUGAUCACACAGCUGGCUGGCUUCAGUGGACCAGCCUUCGUGGUGAAACACCUCUUGGAAUACACCCAGGUCACAGACUCUAACCUCCGGUACAGCUUGCUCUUAGUCCUGGGCCUCCUCCUGACGGAAGUCGUGCGCUCCUGGUCACUUGCACUGACUUGGGCAUUGAAUUACCGAACUGGCGUCCGCUUGCGAGGGGCCAUCCUAACCAUGGCAUUUAAGAAGAUCCUUAAAUUAAAGAACAUUAAAGAGAAGUCUGUGGGGGAGCUCAUCAACAUGUGCUCCAAUGACGGGCAGAGGAUGUUUGAGGCAGCCGCCGUUGGCAGCUUGUUGGCUGGAGGACCCAUUGUUGCCAUCUUAGGCAUGAUUUAUAAUGUAAUUAUUCUAGGACCAACAGGCUUCCUAGGAUCAGCUGUUUUUAUCCUCUUUUACCCAGCAAUGAUGUUUGUAUCCCGGAUCACUGCAUAUUUCAGGAGAAAAUGUGUGACCACCACUGAUGAACGUGUCCAGAAGAUGAAUGAAGUCCUCACUUACAUUAAAUUUAUUAAAAUGUAUGCCUGGGUCAAAGCAUUUUCUCAAAUUGUACAAAAAAUCCGAGAGGAGGAACGUCGGAUAUUGGAAAAAGCUGGAUAUUUUCAGAGCAUCACUGUUGGUGUAGCUCCCAUUGUGAUGGUGAUUGCCAGCGUGGUGACAUUCUCUGUUCACAUGACCCUUGGCUUUGACCUGACGGCAGCACAGGCUUUCACAGUGGUGACUGUCUUCAAUUCCAUGACUUUUGCUUUGAAAGUAACACCAUUCUCUGUAAAAUCCCUCUCGGAAGCAUCGGUUGCUGUUGACAGAUUUAAGAGUUUGUUUCUGAUGGAAGAGGUUCACAUGAUAAAGAAAAAACCAGCCAGCCCUCACAUCAAGAUAGAGGUGAGAAAUGCCACCUUGGCAUGGGACUCCUCCCACUGCAGUGUCCAGAACUCACCCAAGCUGACCCCCAAAACGAAAAAAGACAAGAGGGCUGCCAGGGGCAAGAAAGAGAAGGUGAGACAGCUGCAGCGCACUGAGCAGCAGGCGGUACUGGCAGAGCAGAAAGGCCACCUCCUCCUGGACAGCGACGAGAGGCCCAGUCCUGAGGAGGAGGAGGGCAAGCACAUCCACCUGGGGAUCCUCCGCUUGCAGAGGACCCUGUACAACAUCGACCUGGAGAUCGAAGAGGGUAAACUGGUUGGAAUCUGUGGCAGUGUGGGAAGUGGAAAAACCUCUCUCAUUUCAGCCAUUUUAGGCCAGAUGACACUUCUAGAGGGCAGCAUUGCAGUCAGUGGAACCUUCGCUUAUGUGGCCCAGCAGGCCUGGAUCCUCAAUGCCACUCUGAGAGACAACAUCCUCUUUGGGAAGGAAUUUGAUGAAGAAAGAUACAACUCUGUGCUCAACAGCUGCUGCCUGAGGCCUGACCUGGCCAUUCUUCCCAACAGUGACCUGACUGAGAUUGGCGAGCGAGGAGCGAACCUGAGUGGUGGACAGCGCCAAAGGAUCAGUCUUGCCCGGGCCUUGUAUAGUGACCGGGACAUCUACAUCCUGGAUGAUCCCCUCAGUGCCUUAGAUGCCCAUGUGGGCAACCACAUCUUCAACAGUGCUAUCCAGAAGCACUUAAAGUCUAAGACAGUUCUGUUUGUUACCCACCAGUUACAGUACCUGGCUGAUUGUGAUGAAGUGAUCUUCAUGAAAGAGGGCUGUAUUACAGAAAGAGGCACCCAUGAGGAGCUGAUGAAUUUAAAUGGUGAUUAUGCUACCAUUUUUAAUAACCUGUUGCUGGGAGAGACACCCCCAGUUGAGAUUAAUUCAAAAAAAGAAACCAGCGGUUCACAGAAGAAAUCACAAGACAAGGGUCCUAAAACAGGAUCAGUAAAGAAGGAGAAAGCAGCGAAGCCAGAGGAAGGGCAGCUGGUGCAACUGGAAGAAAAGGGGCAGGGUUCAGUGCCCUGGUCAGUAUAUGGUGUCUACAUCCAGGCUGCUGGGGGCCCCUUGGCAUUCCUAGUCAUUAUAUCCCUUUUCAUGCUGAAUGUGGGCAGCACAGCUUUCAGCAAUUGGUGGUUGAGUUACUGGAUCAAGCAAGGAAGUGGGAACACCACAGUGACACAAGGGAACAAGACCUCUAUGAGCAGCAGCAUGAAGGACAAUCCUCUCAUGCAGUACUAUGCCAGCAUCUACGCCCUCUCCAUGGCAGUCAUGCUGAUCCUGAAAGCCAUUCGAGGAGUUGUCUUUGUCAAGGGCACACUGCGAGCCUCUUCCCGGCUCCAUGAUGAACUUUUCCGAAGGAUCCUUCGAAGCCCUAUGAAAUUUUUUGACACCACCCCCACAGGGAGGAUUCUCAACAGGUUUUCCAAAGACAUGGAUGAAGUUGAUGUCCGCCUGCCCUUCCAGGCUGAGAUGUUCAUCCAAAAUGUCAUCCUGGUGUUCUUCUGUGUUGGAAUGAUCGCUGGAGUUUUCCCAUGGUUCCUGGUGGCGGUGGGGCCCCUCUUCAUCCUCUUUUCAGUUCUGCACAUUGUCUCCAGGGUGCUGAUUCGAGAGCUGAAGCGUCUGGACAAUAUCACACAGUCACCUUUCCUCUCCCACAUCACAUCCAGCAUACAGGGCCUUGCCACCAUCCAUGCCUACAACAAAGGGCAGGAAUUUCUGCACAGGUACCAGGAGCUACUGGAUAACAACCAAGGUCCUUUCUUCUUGUUCACGUGUGCAAUGCGGUGGCUGGCUGUGCGGCUGGACCUGAUCAGCAUUGCCUUGAUCACCACCACUGGGCUGAUGAUUGUUCUCAUGCAUGGGCAGAUUCCCCCUGCCUACUCGGGUCUUGCCAUCUCUUAUGCUGUCCAGCUAACGGGGCUGUUCCAGUUUACCGUCAGACUGGCAUCUGAGACGGAAGCCCGCUUCACCUCAGUGGAGAGAAUCAACCACUACAUCAAGACUCUCUCUUUGGAAGCACCUGCCAGAAUUAAGAACAAGGCUCCCUCCCCUGAUUGGCCCCAGGAAGGAGAGGUGACCUUUGAGAAUGCAGAGAUGAGGUACCAAGAAAAUCUCCCUCUGGUUCUGAAGAAAGUGUCCUUCACCAUCAAACCUAAGGAGAAGAUUGGCAUUGUGGGGCGGACCGGAUCAGGGAAGUCCUCUCUAGGGAUGGCCCUCUUUCGUCUGGUGGAGUUAUCUGGAGGCUGCAUCAAGAUUGAUGGAGUGAGAAUCAGUGACAUUGGCCUUGCCGACCUGCGAAGCAAGCUUUCCAUUAUUCCUCAAGAGCCAGUGCUGUUCAGUGGCACUGUCAGAUCAAAUUUGGAUCCCUUCAACCAGUACACUGAAGACCAGAUUUGGGAUGCCCUAGAAAGGACACACAUGAAAGAAUGUAUUGCUCAGCUACCUCUGAAACUUGAAUCUGAAGUGAUGGAGAACGGGGAUAACUUCUCAGUGGGGGAACGGCAGCUCCUGUGCAUCGCGAGAGCCUUGCUCCGUCACUGUAAGAUUUUGAUUCUAGAUGAAGCCACAGCCGCCAUGGACACGGAGACAGACUUACUAAUCCAAGAGACUAUCCGAGAAGCAUUUGCUGACUGCACCAUGCUGACGAUUGCCCAUCGCCUACAUACAGUCCUAGGCUCCGAUAGGAUUAUGGUGCUGGCCCAGGGACAGGUGGUGGAGUUUGACACCCCAUCAGUCCUUCUGUCCAAUGACAGCUCCCGGUUCUAUGCCAUGUUUGCCGCUGUGGAGAACAAGGUCGCCGUCAAGGGCUAACUCCUCCCUGCUGCUGCCACGUCUCUUUUCCUUGGAGCAUUGCCAUUCCCUGCCUAGGGCGGGCCCCUCAUCACGUCCUCCUGCCGAAACCUUGCCUUUCCCAAUUUUAUCUUUCGCACAGCAGUUCAGGAUUGGCUUAUGUGUUUCAAUUUUAGGGAGAGUCAUAUUUUGAUUAUCGUAUUUAUUCCAUAUUCAUGUAAACAAAAUUUAGUUUUUGUUCUUAAUUGCACUCUAAAAGGUUCAGGGAACCGUUAUUAUAAAUGUAUCAGAGGCCUAUAAUGAAGCUUUAUACGUGUAGCUAUAUCUAUAUAUAAUUCUGUACAUAGCCUAUAUUUACAGUGAAAAUGUAAGCUGUUUAUUUUAUAUUAAAAUAAGCACUGUGCUGAUAACAGUGCAAAUUCCUUUCUAUCAUUUUUGUACAGUUUGCUGUACUAGAGAUCUGAUUUUGCUAUUAGAUUGUAGGAAGGGUAGCAUACUGUUCUUCAGCUGGUGGUUUCACGGUGCCAGGUUCUCUGGAUGUCCAAAAGGAAGAUGUGUGGCAAUAGCGGGCCCUCCAGCGGCCCCCUCUGUGCCUCCGCCCAGCCACUCCCAGGUGGGGUAGAGGGGGCGGCUGGAGGCCAUGCAGAGCGCCGUGAAUUCUCAGGGCUCCUGCUUUCUGUCCUGUUGUCAUUCACUGUUUCUGUCAGGAGAGCAGUGGGGUAAAGCCCCAGACCCCUUUUCACUCCCUCCGUCGGGAAUGAGAAUCACAGAAGAGCAUUCCUUGGACAGGGGGCGUUUUUUUUUCCUGCCUUCCUCUUUUUGCUGUUGUUUCCUAACCAGAAUCAAGUCUAUUCCGAGUGUCCCACUGCCUCAGGUUCCUAACGCUGGCCACUGCACAGAGCUCUCCAGCUCCUACACCCGCUGGCUCCAAACCCGGGAGCCAGCUGCUGCUUUCUUUGGUGGUACUUUUUCAUUUGCCUGGUCCCACGCCUCCACGGUUCAGUGACAGGGUUCAGGAGUUUGUGGGUCUGUUCUCUCUCCCUGCAGUUGUCACACAGUCUCUGUCUCUCUCCAAAGUCUGCGACUUUAAGCAGCUCUUGCUAAUCAGUGUCUCACACUGGUGUAGAAGUUUUUUGUACUGUAAAGAGACCUACCUCAGGUUGCUGAUUGCUGUGUGGUUCCGUGUGUUCCCGCAAACCCCCUUUGUGCUGUGGGACCAGUAGCUCAGGUGGGCGUGGUCGCUGCUGUCAUCAACUGAAUGGUCAGAGUUGCAUGUCGUGACCAACUAGACAUUCUGUCGCCUUAGCAUGUUUGCUGAACACCUCGUGGAAGCAAAAAUCUGAAAAAGUGAAUAAAAUUAUUUUGGAUUUUGUAAAA